GUCUUCAUGCCCAUUCUAAAUCCAAACUGUUUCCCCACUGCCUCGCGUUUCACUUUACUCUUUUUAUGCUUUCCGCAGCCUGCUCUUCUGUGUUUUUCAUUCCCAGUUAGUCAUCGUUUUGAUCAAUACACCAACAGCAAGAAAAAAAAAGAGGCAACAAAUGAGUCGUUUUUGGACUGUGGUCACUCAUGCUCAUGCAUUUGCUGGGCCAGUGUUGAUGUUAUUGUACCCAUUAUAUGCAUCGGUGAUGGCUAUAGAGAGCCCUUCAAAAGUGGAUGAUCAGCAAUGGCUUGCUUAUUGGAUCUUAUAUUCAUUUCUCACUCUAAUGGAGAUGCUCCUCCAACCUAUCUUAGAAUGGAUACCAAUAUGGUACACUGUGAAGCUAGCAUUUGUGGCAUGGUUGGUUCUACCGCAGUUGAGAGGGGCAGCUUUCAUAUAUGAGAGGUUCGUUAGAGAGAAAAUAAUCAAGAAGUAUGCCGGAGGAUUACAUCACAAUAAGUCUCCAAAUGGCAAGGGCAAGAAGAAAUUUGUGGAUUUCCUUAUUCCUAAGAAAGGAGAGCAUGAAGCCUAUUGAGGAAGGAAGAAGGGCAUGACUAUUGCUUCUUCUGCCUUGUGUGAAUCCUUGUUUUUCUUUUGGGGCUUUGGCUUUCUUUUGUUGAUUGUACUGAUCUCUUGGCAAAUAUUGUACUAAUCUUUACGUUUUUGUGUAAUACUCGAGGACCAUUGUAACUUUUUCUGUAUCUAAGAAGUGAAUCAAUCGGUUUUAUUGCUUUGG